AUGCCGCCAGGAAAUGGUUCAGCCUCAAUGGCAAUACCUGUCGUUGACUUCUCAUCCUGGAAGAAUACCCAGGACGAAGCUUCUCGGCUAAGAACUGCACAUGAGCUCGUCAAAGCCUGCCAAACCGUGGGCUUUGUCUACAUCAUCAACCACUCGCUGCCCAAAUCUGUCCUGGAUGAAGCAUUUGAUUGGGUGAAACGCCUUUUCAAUCUUCCUGAAGAGGAGAAAAUGAGAGCACCCCAUCCUGAAGGUUGGGCAGUGCAUCGAGGUUACUCAUGGCCUGGAUUGGAGAAAGUAUCCCAGACGAUGUCCACCGGGAAUGAUGAAGAGGCAAAAAGAAAGUUGCGAGAGGUCCCAGAUGUCAAAGAAGUAUACGAUAUCGGGAGUGAUGAAAACACUGAACAACCCAAUCAAUGGAUACCCGACGAAGCCCUCCCGGGCUUCAGGACUUUUAUGAUCAAAUUUUAUUGGGAGUGCUGGGCAGUCGGCGAGGAGCUUUUACGUGCUCUAGCCAUUGGAUUGAAUCUAGAGGACGAUUCUUACCUAGUUGACAAACAUUCAGGCCAUGGUAAUCAACUACGACUACUACACUACUUGCCCGUUCCAGCUGAAGAUCUUGAGAAAGAGCGGACAACCCGUUGUCCAGCACAUACGGAUUGGAGUUCCUUAACUAUGCUGUUUCAAGACGAUUGCGGGGGUCUGGAGGUUGAAGAUGUUUCUCGGCCAGGUACAUUCGUUCCUGCAACUCCUUUAAAGAAUGCCAUAGUGGUAAAUGUUGGUGACCUUCUUCAAAUGUGGAGUAAUGACCAACUCAGGUCUACAAACCACAGGGUCAGAAUGCCACCACUCGCCGAUCGCUAUGAGGGCCCAGAUCGGAUGACCCGCGAGCGGUUCUCGAUCCCCUACUUCAUAUCUCCAGACCCAACAUCUGUAAUUGAAUGUAUUCCAUCGUGUAUGAGCGAGGAUCAGCCCGCCAAGUACAAGCCAAUUACACAGGCAGAGUAUAACAAGAUGCGAGCCUCUAUGAUGUACUAA